AUGCCGAAGUGGGACAAAACCCGCGAUUAUUACGCGGACUUGGAACUGUCCGCAAGUGCUUCUACCGAAGAGGUCAAAAAGCAAUUCAAGAAACUGGCGCUCAAAUACCACCCAGACCGCAAUCCAGGACGAGAAGCUGAAGUGAAUCCGAAGUUCCAAACUAUCCAGUCUGCCCACGAAAUACUAAGCGAUGAGACCUUGAGAAGGCAAUAUGACGAUGCUCGCAGGACGUAUUCCAUACGUAACCCUAGAGGAUCUGGUGUUCGGGGUAAUCCAUGGCAAGAUAUUGCCAAGCAGUAUCCGCCGCCGCCGACGCGACAUACGUCGCAGAGGUCUCCUACUAGACCUUAUUCGGGAGCCCAGCGUUAUACAGGCUUCACUACGAAUAUGCCUCGAGCGCCUAAAGCUACCCCUCGAGACGACCCCCAAUCUCGCAAGAGUUAUGCUGACGCCUGGGAAAAUAUGAGGCCAAACGCCUCCCGAAGAGCGCCUCCCCAAACUCCUGGUCGAGCACCAACAUCAGCAGCACGUAAUACAAACCCGUCAGACUCGGAAUCCGUACCGCCUAGAACUGCAUAUCAGCAACAGAAGGCCCAGGCAUCGUUUGGCAGCAGGCGGACAGGUUUUAUACCGCGCUCCCCUGGACAAGCGGACGAGCCUCCCGUCACGAGCAAGAACUACUUUACGACUCGGACACAUCCAACCACGUUCACCGAAGUACCAUCCGAUACGACACCAGCUGAUUCUCGCACGUCCACUACAGCAGACCCACUUGCUCAAUUUACAGAGAAAGUUUGGGACGAGCGGCAGAGCAUGCCUUACCAUUCCCCUGGCGGGGAGAAGACAAGUUUAUUUGACGACGUGCCAGGAAUAGGACGAACUACGAGCACACGAUCACCCCGCAAAGCAGACGUGCCUGGAGCAUUCCCCCAAUCACGUGCCCGAAGUUCUAGCACGCCGCGGAGUUCUAGUAACGACGGGGAGUCUGAGGAUUCAAGAAAGGUUGGCAAAGGCACCAAGCCAUCAACUGAUCAACAGGUCCCUAGCGGCAAUAGUACCUUCCAUUCGCGAUUUAACGAUAGGUAUAAGCAUUCGGCCGAGGCGAACGGUGUCUAUCCACCACCCCGACCAGGAACCGCCGAAUCCCCACCGACAACGAAUGCUAGUAAACCAGGUCCCAGCUCUACCCAGGCUACCAACGGUCCUUCAGUGUAUGCACCACCAUUUCUCAGUCCUUCCAGCUCAUCCAAUCCCCAACACCACUAUAUCAGACAGACAAACGACCACAUAAGUGAUCAUUUAUCUCAUUCUAUUAAUGCGAGCCGUUAUUAUCCCGCCCCCCAGGUUCACAACCCUUCGAGUGGAGGGAUUAAGCUUGAGCAGAAUCCUUGCCUACUCCCUGUUGAGGAGAAGCAGAGAAUCGCGGUUAACAGUCUUAUCAAUAACCGAUCGAAUUAUAUCAAUGAUGAAGUCGAACAUUGCACAUCUCCUACCAAGAAGACUAGACUCAAUACUGACCAAAAAUACUCUUCUAGCUUCACUUUCCCGGCCGGAAGCAACGUACACAGCCAGGGUGCUGGACUCACCAGAAAUAGCGCCGACAGCAUCAAUACUAGGUUUGUUGAUGAUGAGCUGCCCGAGGAUUGGAAGUUUAGUGCCGGUACAGCCUCGGCAAGUGAUCCCCAGACGCCAACCAGGGUACCACCUCAUUCGCGCAGCCGUACGGAUAGCGUUCCAUCGACGCAGAGUGGUGGUGUAGGAAAUGGAGCAGGACUUGGGUUUACACCUUGGGACUGGGGUGAAAAAAUAGAACCCCGACAUUUCGAGCCACAGCCACCACGUAGUACCUCUAGCUCUCCAUCUCGCCGCGCGAACCCGAAGAAAUCCAAACCUGUUAAGAUGACGGCGGGCACGGCUGGAUUGGUAGAUGAGGAGGAGAGUGAGGGAUGGCAAGAAGUUCACCAAUCUUCUGGAUCUGCGCCAGCUAACGUGGAUACCGCAAGCGCUAUGGAUAUUGACUCGCCCCCGUCGGAGAAGGCCAACGACACCCCUAAGGUGUCUCAGAUGAAUGGUGCACGCAAAAUACCCGUCGAGCCUCACAGAGAAGAGUGGAGAGCAGGUAACGUCAAUGAUGUACGUGCCAAGUCCACGAGUCCGACGCGAGAUGGAAAUACUGCAAAGGGAAAUUUCGCCCAAACUUCUGCUCCUGAUACAGCUUCCAUUCCCGCGGCGCACCCCUUUGUCGCCCAGCAUGGGUCGGAAGAUACCGAUGAGUUCCGCACUACAUUCUCAGACUUCAAGAGGGUAGAACCAUUUAUCGAUCCAGCUCCCAGGGGCCUUGGAGAUUUUGGGGAUCUGAAGACUACAUUGCCCUUUCAGAGUAAGCCUUCGGAUCAGAUCCCUCUUGACAAGGAACCUGCGCCCAGGCCUACAACACUCGAAUUCCCAGCUCCGCCAGUUGCUCCACGGCUUCCCCAGGCUGUACUUACGGCGGGUAUUCGCCCUAAUCAGGUACAAUUCAGUAAAUAUGCACAAGACUUCUAUCAGUAUAUGGACAAGUGGGAAGGCUUCAAUGCUAGAAUCAUGGCUCAUUUCACUACUCGCCAGGAAAAUUUCAAGAUCCGUCGUCAACAGCGAGGAGUAGCGUGGCUUGAUACAUCUUUGGGGGGUAGCGAUGCUGCACGCGACUACCUGGCAGAGCUUGAGCAAGAUCAGCUAGUCCGUCAACAGUGGCUCAGCGCCCAUGCAGAUCAUCAGGCCAAGAUCCGCGAAUUCAUGAUGUUCAGGGACCAGUAUGCAAAAAUACAAGGCAUCGGCAAGUCGGUCUAUUGGUAG